ACCUGUAAAAGCAGAGUAAAUCAUCAAUCACCCCCAUAACACCGAUAAGUUCACUUGUUCACUCUUAUCAUUGUACCACCGUUCAGUUACUGUAUUCAAGCAAUAUUCUGUUUAAAUUGCGGAUCCGGUCAUGCCUCAGAAGGCUCAGAAAGAUGAUCUUUCUUGGCCUUAUUCUGGCCUUAUUAUUCUGUGGGCCAAGUUUACGGCCAAGCAGCAGCAUCUCGCUCCAUAAACCACCUCACAUUAUUUACAUUCUAGCUGACGACCUGGGCUGGAACGAUGUGGGCUUCCAUGGUUCCAAUCAAAUCCCCACACCAAAUAUCGACGCCCUGGCCUUCAGUGGAGUGAUCCUCAACCAAUUCUAUGUCAACCACGUGUGCUCCCCUAGUCGGGGAGCUCUCAUGACUGGACUUCAACCGAUCCACAUUGGCCUUCAGAAUUGUCUAAUCGGUCAUAUGACGCCCUUCGGGUUGCCCCUCCAAUUCCGAACCUUGCCCGAGUAUCUCGGGUCAAGCCUGGGUUACGUCUCAAGAUUGGUGGGCAAAUGGCACUUGGGAAGCUUCAGACAAGCAUACACGCCCACAUUUCGUGGGUUUCAAUCUCAUCUCGGAAUAUGGAACGGCAUGACCAACUACUUUUCGAAGCGAAUGACUUGUCGGCCGAAUAUUUCAAUGGGCUUUGAUUUUCGCGAUGGAAUGCGAGUGGCUUGGGAGUAUGAUGGAGAUUAUGCCACGGAUACGUUCACCGCAGAGUCUCUCAAGAUUAUAGAGGAUCACGAUCAAUCUGAUCCUCUUUUUCUAUUGGUUUCGCACAUGGCCCCUCAUGGUCCUGUUCAAGCGCCAAACUUACUUCUCAAACGAUUUCAUCACUUAAAAACCAAAGAUUUCCCUUACCGACACGAAUUGGCGGCGGGAGUUUAUGCUCUUGAUCAGUCCGUUGGAAAGAUCGUAAAGAAACUGAAAGAAAAGAACAUGCUCGAGAACUCGAUCAUCAUAUUUAGCACGGACAAUGGUGGGGCCAGUGAGGGUUACGAUUUCAGCGAUGGUUCUAAUUUUCCGCUCAGAGGGAUGAAAGGAAAUUUGUUUGAGGGUGGAGUCCGAGGUGUGGCAGCUAUUUGGAGCCCAUUGAUUUCCAAGCCUAAGCGAGUAUCCAGGGAUCUUAUUGCUAUUCAAGAUCUAUUGCCAACCUUACUCUCGGCAGCUUCAGGGCACGAUUUGUCGAUCCCAAAAAUUGAUGGGAUGAAUGUUUGGCAAACAAUAUCAAAAGGAGACCCGUCCCCGAGGACGACCGUGUUCCAUGGAUCUCCGACUUCCAGACUGUUCGUGGCCGUUCGUCACAAAGAUUGGAAGCUCAAUUACGGAUCUCCGUUUAGCGGAGCACGAUACACCGAGUGGUUUGGGGACUCUGGUCGCAAUGAUUCUAAAGAGUAUAAUCUCAAUGCAAUCCUCUCCAGUCCCACUGCUCAAGCCCUAAAAUCUAUUGGUUAUGGUCCUCCCUCCAAAAAGAAAAUACUUCGACUACGCAAAAAAUCCGAGGUGCUUUGUCCAUUGACGAACGACAUCAAGAAGUGUGACGCAUUGAAUGAAUAUUGCCUCUUCAACAUUGUGCGUGAUCCAUGUGAAAGAAACAACUUAGCGGAAGAAUUUCCGCAGAUCCUCAAUGACCUCCGUAAGAUCGCUUUGGCUUUUCAAGACUCUGCCAUUAAAGGCGUCAACACUCCUUACGAUAAUGACGCUGAUCCAAAGUACUGGAACUACACAUGGACAAAUUGGAGGGAUCAUCUACGUCCUCAGACCUUGAAAAGGGUGUACGAGAUCGAUAGGGCCAAAACCAGGAUACCAACCAUUUUUGACGCCGACAUCCAAGCUCAAUUUACAACCAGUUUAUCCAGUUCAAAGUAAAAAGAACGAACCUGAGAUCGCCGACUUCCUGGAAGUGGCCGAACUAAAAUUAUGGAGGCGUUCUGAACCAACAAUACCAGUUUUAGCAUAGCUAGAAGCUAAACCAAUCUGGGUGUCAUGGUUCUAAUUAUGUCUCUUGAACAGCGGCAGUUACAUAAUAAAUCUGGUUUUCAUUCGUA